AUGGAAACGAAGGUCAACAUCAGGCCAUACAAACGUAGAACUAAUUUGAACUUCAUUAUGGCUACUAAACCCAAAAAAGUUACAUAUAAAGAUCCAGGCGAAGACGAUGCUGAUUAUCUUGAACCUUUACAAUACGAUUUACGUCAACCAUUGCCUAUACAAACGAUACAACCUUCAUCUAUUAAAUAUCAAGGUGGAUAUCUCAGUUCGUUCUAUUUUCUGAUAACCAUUCUCCUCUAUGCUCCUGUACCUGUUUCGCAAUUCGUUAUUGGUUUCAUCUAUGUUGGACAAUGUACUGUCCGACAAUUUAUAUCUCCGUAUAUGAUUCUCAGCGGUACAUCUGGUAUUGCUUUUGUCAUCGUGGGCAUUCUUAUUUUCGUUCAACUGAAUAAAAAACCAUCAAUGACGUUAAAAACUUCUGGUCCUAACCCAAAGUUAUUGAAGAUUCUCAUUCCCGUUUUCAUCGUGCUGUUUCUACUUAUCAUCGCAUGGUUUUUUGCUGGACAAGGGAUAGUCUUCGAAGUGAAAUUACGCGUCGAGUUCUUUGAUCCUGUCCUACCUGAAUAUUGUCACGGACAUUUGUACAAAGCUGCGUAUAUUCUUAUCUUCGUAGAUUAUCUUCUAUUUCUGGUUGCGGGUGUCUUAUACGGAGUUAGUCGCGUAUCUCCUCCGUCGGAACAAACGAACAAGAAAAGACCGAACCGUCCAGUUCGAAAUGUGCGAAAAUAA